AUGUUGAAACGUUGCAGAGGUUGCUAGAGGCUGCUCGGACAGCCUGAGAUGACGAAGGGAGCACAGCCUGAGCUGUCUAAUGAAGUAUCGAUACCGAUAGAACAGCGGUGAAACGGGCAUGAUGAAGAUCGUGACGAUCAGAUCUCCGAUCAGCGAGCGAUGCUGUGAGAAAGAGGCUCGAUCGUCACUUUGCCUUGACGGACCCGUGCACAUUGGUGGGGCCGCGUCGGGCGUAGGAGAUGAUCCGCACACUGAAUCGAUGCUCUGUCAGUCUGCGCGCGAUUACCGCAUACACACAGCUGUACCAGCACCACCCUUCAGCACGACGUGCAAGCCAAAGAGAAAGAAAACACCCUGCCGCUCUGGCUUUGCAAAGCUGAGCGCUUAGACUUGCUCCGGAUGCCUUUGUGAAGCUCUUUGAAGCGCGAAGGAGCAUGCGUUGCAAGGUAGAUCGCCUAUAAUUUCCGCGGGUGUCGGUAUACUCACAGCGGAAUACGGUAGGUACAUGCAAGAGCUGAUGAUUGUCUGCGGUGCCGGUGUAGCUAUGCCGGCACG